AGAUCGUUUUGUUAAGAAUGAGUGGUUAAGCUAAAAUAUGCUGAUGAUCGAUGAAUAUUUAGCCUAAUUAUGGCUUUUAAUUGGGGACAUCGAACACCGGAAGGGAUGCUUUGUUGAUCUUAUUACUUAUUGGUUAUUUUUAUGGCGUUUAAUAUGGCAUUCUUUGGGUAGGAAACGGAUAUCAAGUGAUGAUCAGUCGCCAUUUUGUUGAAAUUCCAUGUUGGAAGAAUUUCUAUUUUUGUUAUAAGUAAUUGGUGAUCGUGCCACGGUGUAGAAAGUACUUUUAAAAGUACAUCUCACCCCAAGAUUAUCUAGGAUCACAUCUGGAUUGCCGAUCGUUAAGACAUGACAUCUAAUCCUAACACGACGUUGGCGAGCCUUUGGGUCGAUGAGGGGCAAGGAAGUCCAGUACGAAUAGUGACACCCACAAAGUCUGCCAAUGGUAACGAACUUCGAGAUGAUAUCUUCAAGUUUUAUAAGAGUACUGGCUUGGAGAAUUUGGCAAAAGAGGCAGGAAUAAUUGAUGCUAAUGGUGAUUUGAAAGGAUUCAAAGAACAGACAGGAAAAUCAAUUCAUCUUGUGGCUGUGCCAAUCACGAAUUCACCACAAAAAAUGUCACCGCAACUUUUGCCCAAGACCCAGAACUAUCAGGGUUCACCUCAGUAUAUUGCGUCGAGUCCUGCCCGUGGGACCCUCGUACAGAUGGACACCUCCCCAUGGUCGGCACGGAAACGUCAUCCUGAAAUCACACUGGAAGCAGAAUUUAAUAACGACAGUAAACGAGGUAAAAAAGGCGAGAAAGGAGGGAAAGGUCUGAGACACUUUUCUAUGAAGGUGUGUGAGAAGGUGCAGUUGAAAGGGGUGACGUCCUACAAUGAAGUGGCCGAUGAACUGGUCACCGAGUUUAGUGAUCCCAGAAACAUGGCUUCUCCGUCCGACGGUAUCAAUUAUGAUCAAAAGAACAUCCGAAGACGAGUCUACGACGCACUGAAUGUUCUAAUGGCCAUGAACAUCAUUUCAAAGGAGAAAAAAGAAAUUAAAUGGAUAGGACUGCCGACGAAUUCAGCACAGGAGUGCACCAAUUUAGAGGUGGAAAAACAAAGAAGAUUGGAGAGGAUAAAACAUAAAACUCAACAGUUGCAAGAAUUAAUUUUACAACAAAUAGCAUUCAAGAAUCUGGUGAACAGAAACCAUGAUGUAGAAAAAUUUCACGGCCCACCAGCUGCAAACUCUGCCAUACAGUUACCGUUCAUUAUCGUAAACACGAGUAAAAAGACUGUCAUAGACUGCAGUAUUUCAAAUGACAAGUAUGAAUAUUUAUUUAAGUUCGAUAACACGUUUGAAAUUCAUGAUGAUAUUGAGGUGCUGAAGCGAAUGGGCAUGGCGUUUGGUUUGGAGAAAGGCCAGUGUUCUCAUCCUGACUUGAUACGAGCUGCUAAAAUGGUUCCUAAAGCCCUGGAGCCGUAUGUGCUAGAUAUGGCGCAGAAUUCGAAGUCUUUACCAGCUGUCUCAAGUGGCAUAAGACCUAUCGAUCCAUCAGCAGUUAGUGUUCAACAAGCAAGAUACCAGCAGACGGCAGCAGCACAAGCGUACCUCAGUAUAACGGAUACCGACCAAGAAGUUGCCACGGUGACUGGACACGGUCUGUCACGGCAGUCCAGUCUUGGGUCAUCGGGUCAUCACUCGCGCACUGCCACAGAAACCCCCUCAGAAAACUUUUCAGACAAUGACUCGGACUCUGACCAGUCUGUCGACAUGAGCUAAAAGUGUUCGGGGGUUGGGGUUUUUUUUCCUUGUUUUUUUUUUUUUUUACUUUUCUCAUUGGAAAUAAUCAUGUGCAGCAAUAAUGGGACAGACAAACUGACAGACAUUGUGUUCGAUAGCAAGUUAAAAAAAAACGUGAUAGGAGCUAGAGAUGUUUGGAGGUUUUUUUUAUCAGGUGGCCAAGCACUACUUCCCUGCUGUUUAUUUUUCACCAGUCUGUAGCCCAGGUGUUGGAUUGGUGAUAGACAUGUAAGACUUCUUAAUAAUGAGGAUAUUGUGUUCAGUCGAGUGAAGAAUCGAGGGAUGUUUCAGUAAUUCUAUAUUUCAGUGCCACUCAGAAAUUGUUCCAGUCAGGUGAAAACCUAGGGACUAUACAAAAACUCUAACCACCCAAAAAAAAUUCCUGUCAGUUAAAAACAUGGGAGUUUCAGGAAUUCUGGAUUUCAGUGCCACUCAGAAAUUGUUCCAGUCAGGUGAAAACCUAGGGACUUUACAAAAACUGAAUUUCAAUGCCACCCAAAUAUUGUUCCAGUCACUUUUCUGUUUAUAGAAAGUUGUCAUUAACCACUUUUCAAGAACCUGCAGUUAUUCUGGGGGGUUUUGUAGUUUUUUUGGUCCACCAUCAUUUUCAUUUUAGAUCAAUGUAGUGGAUUAAAGGAGGCUGUGAAAGACAUAGUAAUAGAAUAUUAUCUUUAUUUUUAUGGCUUAGGUAAUUGAAAUGUAGGCCUUGAAGAUUCUGUCAUUGACGGCUAUGAAUAGCUUCAUUAUUACAAGAUACAAGCUUCAGUGUUGUGCUGAAAUUAGAUUUAAAGAAAACAAAAAAAAUUCAUUGACGGCUAUGAAGAAAAACAGGAUUUCGACUUAAGUACAGUGGCUGAAAUAUCAGACCUAAAAGUGAAAAACAAACCUAUCACUGACAGCUCUGAAGAAACCUUAGGACAGGAUAUCCACUUAAGUGCAGGAGAUGAAAUGUCACUGCUGAAGAACUGUCAAAGCUAAAGAACUAUCAUAGACAGUGAUGCAAGACUUCAUUAUUAGAGACUGCCGUCUUCAAUGCAGUGACCUUUUGAGUCUUGAGAUGUCUGUCCUAAAUAUUAUUGCUACGACUGAGGUCAUCUGCCUCCUGUGUAAUUGCCUUGAUCAUACACAUCUAUUGCAGUUUUUUCAUUAGUGGGACGACGUUUAGUGUAUUCUGCAGGCACAAAUAAUUUAUACAAAUAGUUGACUUUUAGUUCAGUACAUAAAUUGUGACUGUUUUCCCUGGAUGACAGCUCGUAUAACAUUUGUAGUAGUCUAUGAAAAAGGGUUGAUGGGUAGUCCAUUGAAAUAUGUAUCAACAUUGUGUUAAUGUUGCUGUGUUGAUGCUAACACGUUACUACUUGUACAAAUGUAUUAUAAAACGUACAUUGAAUUGUGUCCUCUAAGAUGUCAACUUUUUCUUCUUUUUUUCUGUUAAAUUUCAGUAGACUAAUUAAAAGAAAGACAUGCCCCAAGAUGUUAUUUAACAGUUUAUUAGCUUUCAGUUACGAGAUUGGUGUUCUGCAAUCUAGUAAUGAUUAGAGAUUUUCAAAGCUAUCUUAGGGCUACAAUAUCAUAAAACCAUCGUAAGGCUAUGACGUCACUACAUCCAACGCUAUUAGUCUUCAGUGGGUUUUAUGAUAUCUUGAUGCUAAGAUUGCUUCAUAUGGUGUGUGGUGUUUUCAUGACGUUAAUGUCUCAGACUCUGUUAGAGUUUCAAGUCUAGACUCUAAAAAGUUUAUAAGCACCAGGCCAGGGCCCUGUUUUACAAAGUGAUUGCAACACUAAGAUCACCUCAAGUGCAUACAUUUGUUAAGCACUUACGGUGAUCUUGGCGCUAAGAUUGCUUCGUAAAUUGGGGUCCUGUUUUUUAACACUUUAAAAGGCAGAGUAGCAUCACCAAUUAACAGAUUUCAGAGCUGUCAACAGGUUGGCAGUCUUACACAAUUAUAACUUGAUUACAACUGCUGCCUAUGUAUAUUUUAGUCUGUCUUGUUCUGUACAUGAGAUGGUUAUUUGAAUAUUUGAGUUUCAAGUAUUUCAUCGACUAAUAGUGGAUAGGAUACUUGUGUGAAUUUUUUUUUUUUUUUUCAAAUGUUAAUUACAUUUCCAUUCUAAACAAAUAAAUUUUAUUAGCUGAUGAAAUAUUUAAAUAGUUUUAGUACAAAAUACAUAUUUUUAUAAAGAAACAGCAAGAUGUUAGGCACAGAAUUUUUUUUGUCAAUUUGUAUAUUUUGCAGUUUUCACUGCCCUGAAUUUGCUACCAUUGUAAAAUGUUUUGGACUAAUAGUCUUUCUAAGCAUUUACAAUGGCAAUAAACUCGGAAUUAUCUCCUUGAGACAUAAAAUACAUGUAUGUUGGUAGAAUGGAUAUUUUAAUAUACAACAACAAAUCAUGUGCGUAAGAAUCGCCAAAUAACUGAUGUAUCGAUGGUCUAGCCUGGCUCGAACUAGAGGUUGAUAUAUUUAAGAAAGUGUAAUGUUUGCAGCCCUGAGGUUAUUUUGAUUAACAAAUUUUCAUAAUUGUUUGAAAUUGUACUAUAUUGGCCAUUUUCAUAGAGAAUAUUACACCCCUGCACCACAUUUUGUAUGCAAAGGGCAUCCCCAGAAAUAAUUGUGUGUGGGUUAGGUUGGUGGGCAUAUUUGUUGGCAUAUUUUUCAAACGUAAUAUAGACUUGCCAUGCAGGUAAAAAAAAAAAAUGACAACCUGCAUGUGUGUACAUGAACAUUCUUAAUAAAAAAAAUCCUUCAUAUAUAUAUGUCCACGCCAUUCCAUAGCACCAUACACGGUGAUGUAUAUUCAAAAUCUGAUAAACUAUAGUCCAUCCCACA